CAUCAAUCGCAUUGGCGUUGCGCACGCUUGUUGCCGUAGCAGAGGAAGCAUUCGACUACGGUGCCGGGACGCCGCCAACAUGCCGUCCGCCACGUCCGGCCGUAUCGUCAAGACCUCGCGAGGUUCCAAGAAGACACCCCACCAAAAGAACCAUCGAUGGGAGUCGUUCAGCGCCAAAAUCUCCAAACUCCAUUCCCUCGAUCCGCUCCGCAAAGUCCGCCGCCAUGAUCUCGACGCCGAAGACCUCUCCGCUACGACCUCAUACCUACGCAAUGGUUUAGAGAAAUGGGCCGAGCUCAAUCUCUCCCGGCCGUACAUGGCCUUCAAGAAAGAGAUUAACCCCCUUACCGAAUCCCUGGCCCAGAUACUCUACCAUGAAGACCGCAUCAUGGACCUGCUCGCCGAGUACAUCGCGCGACACGAGAAGGAAGCACUCGAACCACUGCUGGACUUGAUUACAGCAUUCGCGCAUGAUCUGGGUGUGCGCUUCGAGAAGCACUACCCCCGCGCCCUGACGCUGAUCGUCGACCUCGCGAGCAAGAUUCACGACGUUGAGGCCAUCGAGUGGACCUUUGCCGCCCUGGCGUUCCUCUUCAAAUACCUGUCGAGGCUGCUCGUACCCGAUCUCAGGCCAACGUACGAUACUGUGGCGCCCCUGAUGGGCAAGGCGAGGAUUCCGGGUCACAUCGCUCGGUUUGCCGCCGAGGCCAUGAGCUUUCUGGUCAAGAAGGCCGCUGCACCUAGCCACAAGGACAAGGCUCUGCCGCUCUUUGUAGAGCAUGUGAGGGGGGACCUCGAGAGCAUGGUCGGGCAGAAGCAGUUCGGCCUUUACAGCCAGGGUAUCAUGACCAUGUUUGCCGAAGCCAUCAAAGGAGUGGGCGAUGGCGUGCAUUCGACAGGACCCGAAAUCUUCGCCACCCUUUUACAGCAUGUGCCCGAGGAGGAAUUGAAGUUACCCGCGCAGGCGGUUUGGACUGACGUCUGCUGCGGUGUGCUCACCAGCGUCGUCCACCACGCCAAGGUGGAUACCUUCAAGACCCUUGAGACAAGAGUGGUUGAGGAGGCAAUGGCCGGGGAGCGCUCCGUCUUGUUCGUCCAAAUCCUGGGAACCAUGGCUGGUGUGCGAAAAGGCACCCGCAUCCAUGACUGGGCAGCCCUUGUCAAGGCGCUUGGCCAGUUGCUCCAAGCUUUCGGAGCUCAGAAAGAAGAGGUUGAAGCGAUGAACGCAUCUCGAGUAUGGCAAAAAGUCAUUGUCAACGUUGCGAUUGUUUGGAGCCACGCCCCCGUCGAUGCGCUUCUUCCGGCCUUGUUCAACUUCAACGGAACCAUGACCAGAGAGCCGUUGAUAAGGUGGUACAUCGUGUUCUGUUCAUAUCUUGCCGAUCUGAACUCAGAGAGAUUCCGCGGCCUCUUUUUGAAGGAUUUCCAAAAGUUCAUUGUCGCGCACUGGUCUCAAGGCACAAACGAAGAUGUGCUCUGUGUAAUUUUACCACGCAUGGUCGAAGCGGGCGGGCUCCCCAGGCCGGGUGAGAAAGAGAUCUUUCAACUUCCGCAAUCCUGGCAGGACCAGAUUGUGAGCAAGUUCGUCCGGCUCGAAGACACACCGUUCCCGGAGAGUGGCGGGUUUGGGAAAGACCCAGAGACAUGGAGGGACAAGUGUCUGCCGAAGUACUCAGCACGCUUACGAGUCCUGGAGUCGACAUCGGUGCAUCCGUCCACGAACGCGAGGAUAGCCGAGGUUCUGCUCAAGAAACUGAAGCUGGCCCUCCGCCCGUCUUCGUCCUUGCCCACCGACGAGGCCAAUUUCAUUGUUAGCGAUGGUUUCCGCGCUUAUCUCCGCAUGUGUGCCGCUGCGGGCUCCGUGGACCCCGCCCUCGCCCCCUUGCUAAGAGCCGCAGCGCCACGGUUCUGCCGAUCACCAGCGUUUCUUGAAGCAGUAUUGGCCUAUGAGCGGGAAGUCAGGGGGAGCGUUCAGCUGUCCCCUGCAGCUAGCGAUGGUGACAGUCAACAGGGGGAGCAAGAUCCUUUGAUCAAGUGUCUUGUCGACAACCUUUCCAUGCCGUCUCAUGAGCUAAGGCUGGCGUCCCUGAACAUUCUCGAGACAUUGGAAUUCGCCCUCGAUUCCCACUCUGCUCUGGCAACGAUGAUCCAAGUAGAGGAAAUUCCCCUGAACUUGCAGAGUGUGCGGGCGAUUGCGGUCCACCUUCGCAAGCUCGGUCAGGUCUACUCUCACAUUGACCAGGACUCCUGGUUGAUCCGAGCCAUUCCGGCAUUUUUGUUCGGCAUGACUACGGUGCCUUUGUCCCCUGUUUGGGAUGAGGCCGUAGAGGCAAUGAAGAAGGUGGCGGAGAGCAUAUCAGGCGAGGAGGCAUUGGCCGAUAUCGCCUUCAGCUGGUUAGGGAUACCAUCUCCCCAGUGGACAGGACCUUACAAGCCGCCCAACGAAGACAACCACGGACCUCUGACCAAUUUCGAGUGUCUCAAUCUCAUGGCUCUGCACGAGACCUCGGCGGCUACGGGGAGCAUCUUCGACGACCCGUCCCAGGACAUGCUCAACACAUUUGAAGAAGGCCAAAGGAUCGUCGAAUCCUGCUCGGAAAGAGCACGCAGCAAGGCGCUCAAGGCAUUCAAUGCUUUGCCUGUCCUAGCUGAGAAGCGCUCCAGAAGACUAGUGCCGUAUUUGUUUUCCUUCACCGUCGACGACGAAACCCCUUUGGAGGAAGCCGAGGAGUUUCCCGAAGGCGCUUGGUCUCUUCCCGAUAGAAAGGCUCUCGUCGGUGUAUUUGCGCAGUUCAACAACCCGAGGGUGCUAUACCAGAGUCAAAAGGUGUACCAGUCUCUGUUGAAACUCUUGGCGAACGGCGACAUCGAGCUGCAGAAGCUGGCCCUCAAAGCAAUUUUGGCUUGGAAGAACGAGGCGCUCAAGCCAUACCAGGAACAUUUCGAAUAUCUUCUCGACGAGGCCAGGUUCAAGAACGAGCUCACUGUUCUGUUCCAGGGAGAUAAUCAGAUUCAGCCUGGACAUCGCCUGGAGGUCAUGCCGGUUCUCCUUCACCUGCUCUACGGCCGUACAAUCUCCAAGAAGGGCGUCGCGAGUGGUCGCCAUGGCCUCCAUGCGACGCGCCUAGCUGUUAUCCGGCAACUCAGUGUUGAUGAUAUGGGUAGUUUCCUGGAUAUCGCUCUUGGCGGCCUGCGAAGCAUUCGUAUUCUCGAUGCUCAGGGGCUCCGCGAGAGCGUCUUCGCCCAGGAGGCCCUUCCCGUUCGGAAGCAAGUCGGUCUGCUGAACAUGAUUGAAUCCAUAAUCAACGAGCUCGGCACUAGUGUCUCGCUGUAUAUGGACGCUCUCGUCAAUGCGGUCUUGUACUGCCUUAUCUUUGCUUGUCGGCAGCUCGGCGGUAGCUCAGAGGACCAGGACGCUGAUGAGUCGGACCAAGUCCAAAACGCUUCGCUCUUCAGGGUUGUGCGGACGACAGCCUUGAAGUCUCUCUGUAAGCUGUUCCAGAGCGCGCCAGACUUCGACUGGACACCGUACCAGGAGGUGAUGGUCAAGGAGGUUGUCAGUCCCCGGAUUGAGAAACUUCCAGCGGAAACGACCCAAGGCGUCUCUGCCACCUGGAGAUUGCUUGGCACAUGGGCUGCCCUUCCAAAGUCUGCGCUGUUGCUCUCUAUCGAUUCGAGGGUGUUGCCCAAAGUAGUGGAAACGCUCGGGAUCGAGAAGGCCAGGGAUGAGGUCAAGGUCUUCGCUCUCGACAUCCUCAAGGACCUCAUCAAACUGGCACAGGCUCCCGCAAUGGAAUCGGAGUUCAACGAGUCAAUCAAGACCAAGCUGCUAAACCCGAACAUCGAUCUUAUUUUGAAGACGAUCAGCGGCCUUCUUCGCGACCAACCUGACAUUGGCCGAGAUCUGCUCGGGACCGCCGUCGACACGGUCGUUGCUCUUGCCCCGAUUGUGGAGAAGUCGAACAGCGUACAAGACAUGGUUGAGAUCGCCACCUUCUUGCUCAACCAGCCGCUGCGCAGAGUCAACCCUAAGAUCAAGGGCUCGAUUCUGUUGAUCCUGAAACAAUUCAUCGUGCUGGAGGACCUCCAAGGCAACGCCGAGCUGAAGAGCAAGGUCUACAGCACUAUCGCAUCCCUGUUCGGAUUCUUCAAGGACAAGCAGAACCGGCAAUUACUUGCCGAGGUUCUAGAGGUUUUCGCCUCCCAGGAACCAUGGGCCCAAGAGGUAGCUGAGAUUUGCCGCGACCUCAACUCCUACGUCGUGAAACGCUUGGAUGAGCCAGAUUACAACACCCGGCUCGCCGCUUUCAACUCUAUCACCCGGGAUCGCGAGAUACCGUUCACAAUUGACCAGUGGAUGCCCCUGGUGCACAACCUUCUCUACUACAUCCAGCAGGACGAGGAGUUCGGCGUGCUCUCCUCGAAUGCCGCCGACGGACUCUGCAAGUUCGUCUCGGCAGCCGAGUCGGUUUGGGCUGGCCCCCAGCAGGAUGCCUUUGUCGAGAUCUUGUCGAGUAUCAUCCUGCCGGCCAUCUACUCUGGGGCCAGAGAGUCUUCGGAGACGGUUCGCCGCGAGAUCUUGCGCCUGUUUGGCUUCCUUGUCGCUCACCUACCACAGUGGGAGCCGGUUGCUGACCUGACACCUCUGGUACCCGAAUCUGACGAGUCCGAUCAAGCCUUCUUCUUCCACGUCUUGAGCCCCGCGGUCUCAAGACAGCUCCAGGCCAUUCGUCUUCUGCAGGCGGCGAACGGGAAGAGCGAGCUGCGCAGCAAGCAUAUCAGCCAGUUCUUCAUCCCUCUCUUCGAGCACUUCAUCUUUGACCGUCCUGAGAGUGGUGAUGACCACGGACUCAGCGCGCAGGCAACGAACACCAUUGCAGCUUUAACCGAGUCUCUCGAAUGGCAGCAAUACCGGGCCAUCCUUCGGCGAUUCGUGUCUUACGUCGAGUCCAAGCCAGACUGGCAAAAGCGCGUAAUCCGUCUGCUCGAAAAGGAGGUGGACGCGCUGCGCUCGGCCGUGUCACAACGGUCGGGAGAUGCCAUGGAUGUCGAUGGUGGAACGGCUGAAGUGAAGCCCCGGCGCCUGGCCUCCACGCUCCCGGACCGGGAGAAGCUCAGUGCGGAGAUCGUCAACAACUUCCUGCCGACGCUGCUCAAGUACAUCCAUGAGAAGGAUGAGACAACUGUCAGCGCCCGAGUUCCAGUGGGAGUCAUCAUCGCCAAGCUCCUGACCCUCCUCCCGGAGCAGCUUCUCAACGAGAAGCUGCCCAGCGUGUUGACCAAUAUUUCCCACAUUCUCCGCAGCAAGUCCUGGGAGUCUCGAGAGAUGGCCAGGGACACUCUUGCCAAAAUCUCUGGCAUCCUCGGGCCCGAAAACUUCGAGUUCAUUCUUAAGGAGCUGCGAGGCGCACUCGUGAGGGGCCAUCAACUUCAUGUACUGUCUUAUACCCUGCAUUCCAUUCUGUUAGUCGCGAUUCCGGCGUUAAACCAAGGCGACCUUGACUACUGCCUGUCUUCCAUUGUGGCCGUCAUCAUGGACGAUAUCUUCGGAGCCACAGGGCAGGAGAAAGACGCCGAGGACUAUGUGAGCAAGAUGAAAGAAGUGAAGAGCAGCAAGAGCCAGGACUCGAUGGAGUUGAUCGCCAAGACGGCCUCAAUCACGCGCCUUGGCGAUCUCACCAUGCCGCUGCAGUCACUGCUCCUGGAGAAGCUCGACUUACGUACCGUUCGGAAGAUCGACGAACUUCUGACGCGGAUCACCAAGGGCCUGCUCGAGAACCCGGCUGCCGCCUCGCAGGAUAUUUUGGUGUUCUGUUACGAGGUAAUUCAGGAGGUGUAUAAGAGCCAAAAGCCAGAGGCCGAGUCCAAGAUGGACCCCAGGCUCAAGAGGUACAUCGUUCAGAAGGCCGCCAAAAAGAGUGAUGGCAGCCUCACCAGCAAGCAUACCUACAAGCUCGUCAGGUUUGCCAUCGACGUUCUCCGUUCCGUCUUCAAGAAGCAUGACAAUCUCCGGACGCCUGCCAACGUAGCUGGCUUCUUGCCCAUCCUGGGCGAUGCUGUGCUGUCGGCAGAAGAAGAAGUCAAGAUCGCUGCCUUCAAGAUACUCACUGUCCUGGUCAAGGUUCCUUUCAAGAACGGUGACUCGAGUAACUUGUACAAGGUCGCCCACAAGGAAGCCAUCAAGGCGAUCUCCAUGUCCCCUACGACCACCUCCGAUCUGGCCCAGUCAGCAUUGAAGCUCAUUUCAGUCAUCCUCCGGGACCGCCGCGAGAUUCAAAUGAGGGACGCUGCGCUGGACAUGCUGCUGAGCAAGCUCAAGGACGACCUGACACAGCCCAUGUACCGCCAUGUCACCUUCAACUUCCUGCGUUCCGUCCUCGACCGCAAGCUCGAGGCGGCUUCGGUGUACGACACGCUCGAUCACGUCGGGACCAUCAUGAUCACCAACGACGACAAAGACACGCGGGACCUGGCGCGCGGCGCCUUCUUCCAAUUCCUGCGCGAGUACCCGCAGAAGCGGAACCGGUGGGAGAAGCAGCUCAAGUUUAUCGUGGCCAAUCUCAAGUAUGAGCGCGAGGGCGGACGCCUAUCGGUCAUGGAAGUCAUUAAUCUGCUGCUCAAGAAGUCGGCGGACGAGUUUGCGCAGGAAGUGGCGGCGACGUGCUUCAUCCCGCUCGUAUUUGUGCUCGCCAACGACGACAGCGAGAAGUGCCGGAUGGCGGCAGGCGAGCUCAUCAAGGAAAUCUUCCGCGUCUCGGACAAGGAACGGCUGUCCAAGUUCAUGAUCUUGUUGCGGUCGUGGGUGGAGCAGGAUGGGAACCCGGUGGUCCUGAAGCUCGCCUUACAUGCCUUUGGGUUGUAUUUUGAGGCUCGGGAGCCGAGCGCCAAGGACAACAAGGAUCUUGGGCUUGUUAUGGACAAGCUGGUUCAAGUGCUUGGGGAUGAGGAGGCUGUCGAAUCUGACUGGGAACUUGCUCAGAUUGCGUUGACCACGCUGCAAACAUUGGUCCAGAGGCACCCGCAGAAGGUCCUCGCCCCGGAGUCGAGCGAGCUGUGGUCCGAGAUUCAGGCUUGCCUGGCGCACUCUCACACGACUGUCAAGCUCACCUCGAUCAAGCUUCUCAGCAUGUACCUGGCUGAUUUCGCGCAGAAUGCUGGCAGGGGGCAAAAGCUGCCGCUUCCCGGCUCACACGGGCUGGAGCUUGAUGACGACGACGUCAACGAUUUGGUUCGGCUAUCGCUCGGGAUUCUCUCUGCCCCUGAAGUAGAGGAAGCCCUUGCUCAAGAAGCUGUCCAGAUCAUCAUGUUCUUGGGCGGUUAUCUCGAGUCGGACAGGGCGAAAGAGGCUGAGGGCGACGAAGCAGAGGAAGACGAUGACAACAACUCCAAGGAAUACGCGCAGCACGCCGACAUCAAGUACCUCUUCUGGAAGCUGUCCUCCAUCAUCCGCAAAGAAAGGCAACCGAAGCCCGAGAUGCUCGUCAGCAAGCUCGCCGCCAUGGACCUCCUGGAGGCCUUCACCGUCAAGACGCCACCCGACACGCUCCUGGCGUCGGCCAAGACGAUCCUGCGGCCGCUGCGCAACCUGACGGACCCGUCCAUUCGGCAGCCCUUCUCGCUUAACGACGUUUUCAAAACGCGUUACGAGACGCUGAAGAGCAAGGCGCAGGCCAUCAUGGAAACGUUGCAGCGGCGGCUGGGCAGCGCCGAGUACACCAAGGCGCUGCUGGCGGUGGGUGAGCAUAUUCGUGAGCGGCGGCAGCAGCGAUCGACCAAGCGCAAGAUCGAGGCGCUGACGGCGCCGGAAAAGUACGGCCGCGAGAAGAGGAAGAAGUUUGAGAAGAAGAGGGAGAAGAGGAAGGUUAGGGGACAGGAGCAGAGGGAGCAUCGCCGGGGAUUCCAGUAGGUGCAAAUGGGCUGGGUGGGUGAAAUCUGAUUUGCUUGUGCGGGUGGUCUAGUCUACAGAUAUAUGGUAUGAGACAGAAUAUUGGUACAUAUUCAUGAGAGGAAUGGGUGUUCUCCCGGGUAUGCCAACGGCGCCAUCAGAUCUAUCCAAUCGUACAUCUCACAUCCUCCCCACAUUCUCCUUGUCUAUCGCAUCCUCUAUCAUCCAUCCUCCAUAUUUCCUUGUCCCUCCCCAAACACCAUCUAUGCAUCUUCCCC